AUGAAUUUAAAAGAAUAUUAUAUAAGUCAUACUAAAAAUAAUAAGUGUAUUAUCAAAGAAAAAAAUAUGAUAAACAAUUGUGACAUUAAUAAAAUUUUUACAUUAGAAAUAAAGGAUAUAUUGAAAAAUUUUACAUGUGAAAAAGAAAUAAAUGAAACUAUAGAAUAUGUAAAUGAUAAGAUUAGCACAUUAAAUAAUUUUAUUAAUACAAUAGCAAAAGAAAAAUAUGAAUACUUUUAUAAAUAUACUGAUGAAAUAGGUAAUAUAAAAAAAAAAAAAAAUUGGAAUUCUUAUGAGUUAGAAAAUAUUCAAGAAGAAUUUAGUGUAAAUAAUAAAGCUUUAAAAGAAAAUAAGAAUAAAUUAUUAUCGUUAAUUAAAAAAAAAAAAUGUUUAAUUGAAAUAGAUAAAAUUUUAAAAUUAUAUGUAAUAAUAGACGAAGAGAUAAAAAAAUUAUGUAAUGAGAUAAAAGGAAACAAAAAUUUUGAAAUUUUUAGUUUUUUAAAAGAAGAAAUGGAAAAUAAUGAAUGCUUUGAAAUGAUAGAUAUUGAUUUUGAAGUUUUUAUGGAAUAUAUAAAAAGGUUAAAUAAUUUAAAAACAUUUAUAUUUUAUAAUAAUAUCCAAAAUAUAUCUAUAAUUAACUUAAAAAUAAAAAAAAUUAAUUAUUAUGAAAAUUAUAUAAUUAAUAUAUUUGUUAACUAUUUAUCAAAGAACUUUUUUAAAGAUGAAAAUUAUGUAAGUAGAGUAAAACUUUGCUUGAGUGCUUUUACUUAUUUAAAUGUUGAAAAAGACUGUUUAAAAAAAGUAGUGGAUAAUAAAAUUAGCAAUGUAUCUUCAUAUAUUUCCAAUAUAAAAAAAAACAAAAACAUAAAAGAGAAUUUUUUUUUCAUUAUAGAAAAUUGCAAAAAUAAUAUAAAUCAAAUCAGUUACAUAAACGAAACCAUUAGAAAUAAUUAUUAUAUUGGUAAUAUAAUAAAAACUGAAGAUAUAAAAGAAAAAAUAUAUGAUUACAAAAGUUGUAUAAAUGAACAGUCCAUUGAUGGUAUGUAUUAUACAUUAAAUAUUUAUAAUGAUUUUUAUUUACCUUAUAUUAAGAUAUUAAUAAAUAAUAAAAUUAAUGAAUAUAUAAAAAAAGAAAAUAUGUUAUAUGUUUUAAACUUAAUUGAAGAAUUUUUGCAUAUAACUAGGAAUAUAAAUGACUUUAAAGUUCAAGAAAAGGAUUUAUUAUUAAGUUUAUUUAGCAGAGAAUACGAAGAAAUAACUUUUAAUUCUAUUAAUAAAUUAGCUAAUUUAGUUGAAUUGUUAUUUGAAAAAAAAAAUUUAAGAGACAACAUAGAAUAUGAACAUGAUUAUAAUUUUCCAACAAUUUUUGAUAUAAAAAAUUAUGUUAUAGUAUUAUAUAAAGAAUUAUAUACGUAUAUCUUUUAUCCUUAUUUAUUUCGAAAAAUAAUUGUAUCUUGUAAUAAUUCUCUAUUAUUAUUAAGUAACAAUUUAAACAAUUUAAAACAAAAUAUAAAAUUUCACAUUGAAAUAGAUACAAAAAAGAAAUAUAUAAAUUGUGAAUAUAUUUAUAAAAAUUUUAAAUAUAACUUAGAGCUCUUUUUAAUUAGUAGAAAAAUUCUAAAAUAUUUGAUACUAAGUUUAGCGAAAUUAAAAAGGAAAAUAAUAGAAAUGAAAAGCUAUACAUAUAGAUUAAUAAAUGCUAAUUUAUUUAAUAAGAACAGUAAUUUAACUAAUAUAUUACAUAAAAAAGAGAAUUAUGAAAAUACUGCAAAUUAUAUUGAUAAUAAUCCGAUUAGCUUUUCAUUUAGAGAAUCUUUUGAUGAGUUUUUCAACUUUCAGGAUUAUUUAAAUAAUUAUUUUUUUAAUAUAAUAAAUAUUAGAAAUGAAGAACAAGAAGAUUUUAUUGAAAUUGAAAACUGUAAAGAGAGAAAAAAAAAAGAAGAAAUAAAAAAAUUAAUAGAGAAGAAGGAACAAGAAAUAGAAAAUGAAAAGAAGGUAGAAGAUAAAAAAAUAGAACAUCAAUUUGAAGAAAAAGAACAAGAAACAGAAGAAGAUGAGAAAAAAAAACUAAAUAAUUUUGAAAUUAAUUUUAUCACAGAUAUUAAAUAUAACUCUUUUAAUUUGAAUGAUUAUUAUUAUCUUAGCGAUGAAGAAAAAGAAGAGAAUUAUGAAAUGACUUCUUUUUUUAUUAAAAAGAAAAAAAAAAAAAAAAAAUUUUUUUUUGAUUUAGUUGAAUUGGAAAAAGGAAUGUGUGAACUAAAUAAUGUAGUGAAUUCAUGCAUAUAUGAAUGUUUCGAAUGUUUUGAAAAAAAAGCAUUGUCAUAUUUCAAAAAUAAUUGUAAUAUUUUAAACGCAGAUGAUGUUUAUUCACUAUUUGAUCAACUAUGCAUUUAUUUUAAAAACUCUGUUGUUCAGCAUAUACCUUUGUCUGAAAUGAAACAAAUUAUAAAUAAUUUAAUUAAUAGAAUAAUAAUUUAUUUAAUUUCUUUAUCUUCUUAUUAUUUAAUUCAUAAUAUGGAUAUUUAUAUAUUUAAGUAUUAUGAGUCAUUGUUAAAAAUAGCUAAUAAUGAAAUGUUAUCAUCUUUGAAUUUUGAGCAAAAAUUAUGUUUUCUUUUUAAAAAAUCAAUAGAUAUAAAAAAUAGAAAAGAACCUUAUGAAAAUAUUCCUUCUUUCUUUUUACCUAUAACAUUUAUAAUUUUACAUGAAGGAAAAAACAUAGUGAAUUAUUUAAAUAUAACGGAAGAAAAAUUUAUUAAUCUAAUGAUAGAUUAUCUAAAGGAUCCUAUACAAUUAAUGGAUAAAAAAAAUAAAACUAAUCAAAAUUUAAUUUUUAUGAUUAACAAAUUUUCCAAAAAUAUGAUAAUGAAAAAAGAUUAUUUUAAUAAAAUAUAG